AUGGCGGAGGAAGUUUUCAAGAGUUACCUGACUUGCGGAGUGUGUUUUGAAACUUUCAAAGAUCCCGUGUCUCUGGGCUGUCACCACAACUUCUGUCGCGGCUGCCUUCAAAGCUUCUGGGAGAAAGCUGAACACAAAAACUGUCCUACUUGUAGGAGAAAAUCCUCAAAGGAUUGUCUCCAUACUAAUUUUGGACUACAGGAAUUAUUGAACAGCUAUGCUGGAAGACAGAGAGCUGAUCCACCCGAGUCUAGGGCAGUGUGUACUCACACACAGGAUCUUAAAUGGUGUGGGAAGAAGCAGAGAGUCGUGUGUCCUGUCUGUGAGGAUGUCCAUGGUCUCACACUGGUUCCUCUGGAAGAUGAGGUGCGUAAUUGGAAGGGGCUUCUGAAACCUGAAUUACAGACUCUGAAGAGGAGAAGGGAUGCAUACCUAGAGAUUGAUAAAACGUAUGAAAAAAUGGCCAAACACUGCAAGAAUCAACUGGGGGAGACAAAGAAACAGAUCAAGGCAGAGUUUGACCAGCUUCACAAGUUCCUAACUCAGGAGGAGGAGGACCGAAUGGCAGCCCUGAAGGAGGAAGGGAAACAGAAGAGGGAGACAAUCAUCCUGGAGCAGGAGAACAUUCAAGCACAGAUAUCCUCUCUCUCAGAUGUAAUCUCCGCUGUGGAACAGGACCUGCCGCUGAAAGUCAACGCAUCGUUUCUCACCAUCCCCAGGGACCUUUGUUCGGGGUCUGGUCCGCAGGUGCUUUCUGGAGGGCUGAUAGACGUGACCAAGCACCUGGGAAACCUGUCCUUCAGAGUGUGGGAGAAGAUGAGGGAGAAAAUCCAGUUCACACCUGUUAUCCUCGAUCCAAACACGGCAUCAAACCGUGUUGUUAUCUCAAAGGAUCUGACCAGUGCGAGACAUAUGCCCAGACCGCGGCAGGAGCACCCUGACAACCCAGAAAGGUUCAUGGAGUAUUCUAAUUUUCUGGGUUCAGAGGGCUUCACCUCAGGGAGACACAGCUGGGAGGUGGAGGUAGGAGACCAUCCCCACUGGCUGAUAGGGGUCGCUAAAGAGACGGUGGACAGGAAAGGCGAGGUUUGGGCUAAGCCAGAAAAUGGAUUCUGGUGUUUAAUCCGUCACAAUGGAGGGUACGGUAAUGGUUCACGUGAAAAAUUGAAUUUGAAGAGGAAUCCAGAGAGGAUCAGAGUUCUGCUGGACUGUGGGGAAGGGGAGGUGUCCUUCUACGACCCUGAAGUAAAUGAUCCCAUCUUAUCUUAUAGAGUCACAUUUUCUGAGAAGAUCUUCCCAUUCUUUAGUGUUUGGGCAGCAGGUGAAGCUCAAACCGUAGAUGUGAAGGUGUAUGGUGUUGAAAGGGAUUUGAAUGUCAAAUGUCACUCCAUGAGAGAAGAACUGAACACGGUUUAGAUGUGAGUUAUUGUAGACUCGUUCACAGCACAGAAGGAUUAAUGUUUAAUGAGGACACUCAAUAUACGGUAAUAUAACAGCCUUAUCUGUAUCUUUAAGAAGGAAAGGUUAGUCAAAGUCUGAAUGUUUUAUUAUCCAAUCUGCAGUAUAACAUGGUCCCUCUGCACAAUAAAAUACUUGACAAGGCAAGGGUCAGCUUCAUCGAACCAAUCAAAUAGACAUAAUAAAACAGCAAAAA